UAUGGUGUUAUACCUUAUAUUGCACCAGAAAUCUUUAAAGGGUCUAAGUUUUCUAAAGAAGCCGAUAUUUAUAGUUUCGGUAUGGUUAUGUGGGAACUUACAACAGGUUGUAAACCUUUUGCUGAUGUUAAGCAUGAUAUUCAUUUGGUUUACAAAAUACUCGAUGGCGAAAGACCAAAAAUUACAGAAGAUACUCCAGAAUUUUAUGCUAAUUUAAUGAAAAGUUGUUGGGAUACUGACCCUAAUAAAAGGCCGUCUAUAACAGAAAUUCAUAAUAUUUUUAAUAGUUUUAAUAGU